AUGACCCCUUGGGUGGAAGGAAUGCGUAUGGGACAGAAGUUCGAUGCCGACUGCGGCUUGGGAGGUUCUCCGGAAGAGAUCCACCUACCACGGUCACACGACUGGCUUGGCAUUGGUGACGAGGCUUAUGCGAAGCCUCGCGAAGACCUUCCAAAGACAGGUCCCCGCUACGGUUCAUACGGGUAA